AAAACUGAACAAUUUUCCAUAAAACAUCGGGAGGUGUGGGCUAGACAUUAGAAUUAAUCGCCUUUGGUAUAAGCACUUUAAAAUGAAAUGUUUCCAUGUCAUUUCCACCUGUCAUUAGCGCUGGGAAAUGAUAUUAUUGCUCGUAGCGUGAAUACAACCGAAUUACGAAAGAGCUACUUAAGGGCGUAUGCAUCGUGUUUGCUUCAUCGUACACAGACAGCUAUCAUGGAAGGGUUGUCUUCAGGAUUAUAUAUAUUAAGGGAUUGGGUUCACAACAACAAAUGAACUUAAUUGCUGCUAUGGCAGUUUCAAUUUGACAAGAUCCCUGAGAAUGUAAUGCUCAUAGCCUGAAAAGACGGCAGAAGAGUUGUUGCACAACAAUUGUCAGAUGUUUCCCUCAUGAGACAUGGAUAUUUCCUAGGUUUGUUUGAAAAAAGCCUACCUGCAAUAUUUCUCACGAUGAAACACAAUGACACUUUGUAUAGUUGUUUCGGACACCGGAAACAUAAGACAUAUUACCAACACUAAUUGGUCCUUCAACUCCUGUUACUUUUGAGAGCGACUGUUCACAGAGGUACUCCGCCUGCCUUUCCGCGUAUCUGCAAUUGAGAAAUGUGAUAGUCUAAGGACCAUUGAAGUUAGAUAUAUUCGCUUUCCAUCCGCUUUAAUGUUCUUCAAUUAUAUUACAAUGCUGUAAGAAUGUCACCAUCCUCACACGACAUAAUUUCAACAAGUUGGCCGGCUGACAGAUCAGGCACAUUAUACUUGACAAACUGUUUCUACUAUAUCAAAAGGUUUGCAUACUUAAGUGCAAAAGCUCACGCACAAAUUGUCCAAUCAGUGAAAGUUUCGCACAUACUCCGCGCCGUUGAAAAAAGUACCUACAUUACACGACAAAGGCUCAGUACACAAAGGACACACGAGCGAGUGGGCAGCAAUUUUUCUCCAAUUGAUCAACUACAAGCAUGAUUUCCGACCUGAAGAAAAACCUUGUGAUAUGGCAUCUUUUACUGUGUUUUAUAAGACCAGUUAUCUGCUGUUUGCCAAAGAAUGGAGGUUCGAUUAGGAGAAGUCCGCGUACGCCGUUUUAUUUACACCAAAAAGUUCCUGACAUCGAUGAGUAUUCACAAGGUGCAAGUGGACAACCAGGCGAUCCUAUAAAUUAUAGUAGGGCAUUUAAAGUGUUGAAAACUAAUUAUAAUCCUGGUAUAGUUUUCGAGCAGAACUCUGAAAAAACUGGUGACACGCGAUUGAUGAGUAAGAGAUGCAUGGAUGCUUUGAACAAGCUAGGAACACUCGUGAAACAGAAGUGGCCAAGAAUAAAGCUUCGGGUUAUUGUAGCUUGGGACCAACAAACGGUUCACAGAAGUAGUGGAACAUCGCUACACUUCGAAGGACGUGCAGUUGAUAUUACGACUUCAGAUAAGGAUAGGUCGAAGUUAGGACUUCUUGCAAGAUUGGCUGUUGAAGCUGGGUUUGAUUGGGUGAAAUACGUUCACAAACAAAGAGUUCACGCCUCCGUGCGUGUCGACAGUAAACCUCACACACCUUAUACGGACAUGGGAUGUUUCAGGAGCAAUUCAACGAUCAGAUUGAUAAAUGGCAGAACCACAACGAUGAAUCGGCUGAAACUGGGUGAUAAAGUAGAAAGUAUGAAUGAACAUGGAGAAAUAGUCUAUAGUGAAGUGGCUAUGUUUCUGGACAAUAAACCGAACAGGACGAAUGUACUCUACUUUGUCAUACGGACCGAGAACCCAAGAAGAGUAUUGCACCUCACAAAGUCUCAUCUGAUAUAUGUGAGAAGACGAUUCUCUACAUUUUGGAAUGUACAAUUUGCCAAAAUGGUUCAAAAGGGGGAUUUUAUUAAGGUACGGAAGGAUGGAAAAUUGGUGGCAGCGGAAGUUACAAGCAUCUCCAUUUCUAGCGAACGUGGAUCAAUUGCUCCGUUGACAAACGAAGGGAACAUCAUUGUGGACGGUGUACUGGCUUCUUGUUAUGCUUUGCUAGACGACCACGAGUUCGCAAAUUCGAUGUUUUGGCCAGCAAAAGUCAUGUACAAACAUUUUCCUAACUUACUUAACUCAAAAAAUACACCCCAGCAAGGAGUACAUUGGUAUGCAAGAUUACUGCUGUUUCUCAACGAAUAUUUUUCCAUAUUAACUUAAAGGGGUUCUGAAGAGAUCAAGAAUGAUAUUUCUCCUACCGUCUCGAUAAUGCGAUACUUGUACUAAAACUUUAAUUUUAAACUGUUAAUUAAUUUGUAAAUACCAACAGGCAAAAAUCCCUUGAAUUAUAAUAUAAACACUCUUAUAUGCAUGGUAGCUUUCAUUGUGAAUCCCUGAACAGAUUAAUAUGAAAAAAUUAAGUUAAUUUAUUUAAACGAUUUUAAAUCGUAUGCGAUGUAAUAUCGUAAAAGUUCCAUUUAUAGGAACGAGCAUUGAAUAUUAUAUAGUAUAAAAAUAGACACGUAACGCGGACGUCUCUUGGAAUAAUAUUUACACCAACGUCCUAGACGUUUAUGUACAGUUGUGUUAUUAAUUUUUGUGUUAACGCCAGAUUUCGUUGUAUACACUGCCACAGAAGUAGGUGAAGCCCAGUGAAAUAUAUAUAAACUUUGGUUAAUUGUGUACAUACAAACAAUAUAUAUUAAGAGUAUUAUGAUUAACGUGUAAAAGCGUCCAGGUGUUGAAUAAGAUAAUCGCGUGCUAUGUCAUUUUAUAAUAUCAUGGUUGGUCGAAUGUUGGAUUAUGU